AUGGACUUAGAGAGAGAAGAGGAAGAGCCAGACAUUGACAAGAGUCAGGAAAUAUCACAAACCAAAGUUAAGUUCGACCCAUGGUGCCCACUUAGAGCUCCAAAAGCCGAGCUCAAACAACUCCCAGUUGGUCUAAGGUAUGAAUAUCUUGGUCCUAAUGAAACAUAUCCUGUUAUUGUUAAUGCUGCACUAACAAAAGAAGAGACCGCUUUACUUGUUCGCGAACUGAGAAAGCAUAGAAAGGCUCUUGGUUACUCUUUGGAUGAUUUAACAGGAAUCUCACCUGAACUAUGCACACAUCGCAUCAUCCUGGAGGAUGAGUCUAAUAGUGCAUGGGUCAGCCCUGUACAUGUCGUGCCAAAGAAAGGAGGGAUCACAGUCAUCAAGAAUGAACAUGAUGAGCUCAUUCCAACAAGGACAAUCACAGGACACAGAAUGUGUGUCGACUACAGGAAGCUGAACUCCUCCACGCGCAAGGACCACUACCCCUUGCCAUUCAUAGACCAGAUGCUUGAGCGCCUUGCCAAUCAUCAAUACUACUGUUUCUUGGAUGGAUACUCAGGAUUUUUCCAAAUUCCAAUCCACCCAGAUGAUCAGGAGAAGACUACCUUCACUUGUCCCUAUGGCACAUAUGCUUAUAGGAGAAUGCCUUUUGGAUUGUGCAAUGCUCCAGCUACAUUCCAAAGGUGUAUGAUGUCCAUAUUCACAGAUCUAUAG